AUGCUGGUCCGGAGCGACAAAGUGGCGCUUGACGGGGAAUAUUGCCCGGCAAGCAAGCACAAGGAAGCGGGGCUUUGCACCCGUUCAUUCAUCCGCGAUGUCGCUCGACAUUUGCAGUGCCCAGGAGGCGAUGAGAUCUUCAUCAUGUUCUCUCAUGAAUCUGUUCCGCAAAGGUUCAACACAACAGACGUGGGUUUUAUGAAUCAUUUCCUCUGCGUGAGUCACGUUGAAGAGUCUUGGCAUUAUUUUGGAGCAACCACCACCUCCACCACGUUGCCGUGGCCUAAAGAGGACUCUGCCCGCUUGUUUAGUUGCGAGGAGAGCAUUUGCUUUCAAGGCACAGAGGCCGCCCACUGCCAGGCUGUGGCGGACAAAGUCGGUGCCCGCUACUUUUCGUUUAAUGGCAGCCAGUGUCAAGUGCUGAAAGGCUGGGUGACACAGCCGGAGGUGGAAGGGUCCGCAGAGUCAUGGAGAGCCUGCUCAACUUAUGUCAAUGUCGACACUUGUCCCACGCCGUGUGAGAAAAGAAGCAAUUCCUGCGUCAUGAGGGCCGUGUGCCCCGAGAGCUACCCGAAAGCAAAGCGAAGUGACAGCCAGGACAGCUGCUGCAGCAAAGUGGAUAGUCUUCCAUGCAUCCCUUGCCGGGCCUUGGCAUGCGCCAGUCACCCGUCCGCCUCGGGAGACUUCAAGGCAUGUGCUGAUUUGGCGUCGGAGGACGAUUGCAAAGCUCAGCGCCUGUGCAAGUGGGAGGAUGGACAAUGUGGAGACCCUGAUUUCGUUCCGCUUUCCUCGGAUGUGCUUGUGGCCACCGUCCAGAAAUCCAAAGGCUAUCCAACCUACAGCAUAUCCUUGUUGGAAGGCAUCAACAAGAUACAUCAUGGGAUGCAGUCUGGGUAUGCCCGAUCGGAUUUGGAGGCCAAGGACUUUGGUGGACUUGAAGAAGGCCCUGGAAAGGAAAGGGCGAUAACGUUUUGGGACUGCGGAGGCCUUGAGAGCACCAUUUACCGCAGGCAAGGUGCCACCCUGCCAGACACGCUGUAUUUGGUAAAGCGCUCAUGUUCCUCUCGUCCAGGUGCCUGGUCACUCAUGCAAGCAAGCGACCUAGACUCGAAGAGCAAGUCGGGCGAUCUUGAACUCUUUGGCAACGUGACUGCCUGUGUGGAGGCAGAUCUGCCCGCAAACGCUUUUUCUCAGGGAGAGGCCACGUCGGCUAUUUGGGUUGGGGACACGGAUGUAGAGGCCACUCUCAAUGCAUCCGUAGCAGCUCCGAGUUGCGGCUCCCCCGCGGCGAACGCCACCGAGGGCGAGUCAGAGUCGUCCGAGUCGUCAGAGUCAGAGUCGCCCUUCGCGUUUGGUACUUUGGAAGAUCCCACGCUGUACAGUCUAGGAAGCUGUGAAUGCUUCGGGCAGGAACAUCAGCAUCACGCACCAGUCACUAGUGAAGCUAAGGCGGCUUUGCAGGAGAAUGCUGAGUUCAACAAUUUUGUGCCAGAGUAUCAGCUGCUUGCAACGGGCGACCUUUUCUGUGAGAUAUCGGCGCUCAUUCCGGGCGGUCAAUCCAACGAUGCGACCGAGGACGAAUGCAUUUCCUUGUGCUCGGGCACACAGUCUUGCAAAUAUGCGGUCUACGCAGCUUCCCUCCGCAUGUGCAUGCUGUUCCUGAAGUGCGACUCGAUGAGCCGGACGGGAAUGUCAAUCAAAACCAAGAUCUUCGGGUUUCUUGAACCAACCACAACGUUCUGCCGGAUUGCCGAUGAAGCGGCUUGUUGGUCUUCGCAACUGCGACGGCAGCUUCUGGAAGAACCUGCUGGUGACUCUGGUGACGGUCCUAAGAUCAGAUGUGCGUUUGCAGAUUUCAUCAGCCAGUGCGACAUCAUGGAAAUGACUUUGGGGCAAUCAAACGGAUGCUCCAGAUGCCAGUACCUGUCUACAGAUGAUCCGCUGGCCGAUGGCAGAAGGAAGCUUCCGCUCCCGGACUCUUUCCCAAGUUCAACGCAACUUUCAGUCUCAUGCAGGCCUCACACGCGCAUGAUGAAUCACCACUCAGGCCAGUCCCUUGACAAGUCCAUCAUCACUUGCGUGAGCGGAACUUGGAUCAACGCAAACAGCCGAACAGGCCUGGCUGGGUUCUCUUGCAUGGAGUGCGUUCAAGUCGCACAGCCUCAAUUGGCGCGCUUGAGAAGCUUGAGUUUGCAAGAGAUGUAUUACUUGAGUCGCAGGCCCCUCCAACAUCAUGUCGGGGGCGUGGGCUGCACUGUUGCAACAGAAGCCACGGCAUCACCGCUGCAGAGCCAAGCAGGCUGCCUCUGCACGAAUGCAGACACGCACAUUUGCCCGUGCGAGCAGGCGCCCAAGAUCUACUUUUGGAACGGCCUGCUCAGGACAAAAGGGUUAAACAGCUUGUGCUUGCGAAGGAAAGAUUUUUCUGACGUCGGGUUCGGCUGGUGCACCCACGACUACACCUACUGGAGCUUGGAGCAGGAUUUUCGCCUGAGAGUGGAAGACACUGACGACUGCCUGUGCCAAGACGAUCAAGAGGAGCAGGGCUUCAAGACAAAGAUUGUCCCUUGUGAGCUGUGCGAAAGCAUCUGGUUCUUCGAUGGAGCCGCCUGCGAGUUCAGCAUGGAGCUUCUCCAGCCAGAGCCACCUAUGCAGUUUUUGUUCAAGGGCAAAGGUGGUAUCUUCUUCGGCAUCUCCGAGAAGAAGCUCAAAAAAAACGUGACGAAGUCUGUGAGCAAACGCUCCAGCGUGCGGGAGCCAUGGAGGCGGUGGAAAUCGGAGGCGGCAGAGAGGCAGGUGAGCAGGGAAGCAGCCUCGGAAGAUUUCGGGAGCUGCGAGGUCUCGCUUUCUGUCAGCUUGGGGAUGUAUGGUAAGUACAAGAACAACCAGAUCCCCUUCAGCCUCUACACUGCCGAGAACCAGACCCUUCCUGAACGCUGGACGCGGGCUUCCAUGAUUGGGAAUGGGAAGAUGAGUUUCUUCGCGUGCGUACAAGGCGGUGCUUUAGGCACUGAAGCUGGGAAGGACAUCUUGGCCGAAAUUGCGAAGCUGGAGGCAGCCAUGGCGGAGUACGCGAAAAAAGGCAGCCCGGCGAAGAUCAUUGGGCCCUGGGUUGAAGGUGAUGACGAAGACUACAAAGUCGUCAGGGUCCUGAACGACAAAGAUAUUUCGUGGGGCAAGCUCAAUUUCAAGAUUGGCAUGAAACUGUCAACGCCGUUCAACAGUAACGACUGUGUGAGUGCCUUCGCCGAUUUAUAUGGAUCCUGUUGGGUUAUCGUAGAUUCUCUUUUCCGAUCUUGCGGGCAGAUUGUGGGUUGCGUGGACAACGACGAUGAUUUGUACAUGUGCCAAUAUGACGACGACCUCCCCGUCAGAGGCGAAGACCUUGGCUAUGAUGAAGAUCACAACCCAGACUUCGAUGGAAGGUAUUGCCACGCUGCCUUCAACGCGAUCGAUCCCGAGAUUAUUGAGGACUUCGAGGCUCAAAUAGACGCACUGAAGGAGGAGUUCAGCAAGCGGAAGGCGGCGUGCUCGAGUAGCUUCAGAAUGUCACUGGAGGACUACGAAUCUUUGCAGAUCGAAACCUACGACGAAGAGAACGAACCGGCAGAGGCCCGAGUGUCCUGUGGUUUGCUUAGCCACGGCCGACCCCCAGAAACUGAGCGCCUGGCUUUUGGGAUGACGUCUGGACAGUUCGCUCAGCUCCAAAUGGGCAGCACCUAUCAUGCAGGAGCGGCUGAUCACCGCCAACCUCCCUUCGACAUCGACGAAGAAACUCCGGUGAAGGCGUUUGCGAAGGGAUGGCUCGCGCCCAUUGAGAAUGGUGCGGCGUUUUUUGGAUUGAAUUGUCCGAUGGGCUUCUUCGUCAAGGUGGACAAGACGGCAGAGUCCCCAUAUUGUUCCUAUGCACACUCCGGCAGCGUCAAGCGAGUGUCCACUGUUCUGCUGCCAGCUUCGGCAGUUUGUGACAUGGGAUUCGCUCUCAAGGGGUGGUAUAACCUCCUUGAAACUCCGGUGAAGAAUUCCAAGGAGGAGGAGGCCGUGCAAGGCUUCAGGAUCAUCUGCGUGGAGUUGCCCGGGAUCUCCCGACUCUGCGAGCGCCGGGAUGCCCGUUGCGAGCACGACGAGAUCGUCACGGGGCUGCAAUAUGAAAAAGACCAAGCAAUGAGGUACACAUGUUGCAAGGUGCCAACUCUUUACGGCCAGAAGCUGGGUAGGGGCAACCUGUCUGACAUUGCAGUGUGGGAAGGUGAGUACUGCCCUGUGAGACUUGACAAAACGGAGCGGCCAGUGUAUGAGUCGCAGCGUUUGUUGGUUUCAAGCACAGAGAGGCCGGCAUAUUACAGCACCGACCUCGCAGACAAGAACAACAUGAUCCUCGACAAGCAUGAGAUCACUUGUGGUGCACGCGAGGCUCUCUCCCGGUGGAAACUCCAGCAAGUCGCUGAUCGAUACUUUGUGGCUUUCACAUGCAUUCCAGCCGACUUCCAAGAAUGUUCUUGGAACGAGCAAGACACUGUGCCUUACAACAAGUUGGCAGGGGUGUGCACUGAUUCCCAUGUGUUGGUCGGCAUGGCCUUCGAGCAUGUGUCUGACGGUACUGGCAGCCUGCGUUGGAAGUGCUGCCAGGUUCCGGAUGUCGCGAGUUCUUUCCAAAGAAUUACGAAUGGCAAGCCAGACGCGGAGGACUUCAUGCCAACGCUCGUUUACAAUGACUUUGAUUGUUUUCCAGCCGCGAUGGUCGGUGUCAAGCUGAACGACACUGUGAAGAACUCGGGCCGCGUCUUCUGUGCAGGUCUUCCUGCGGACUUCGCGAAACAGAGGCAAUACAAGCAUGAAGUGCAUUGGGAGCCGAUGCUAGCAUCGUGGACUUUGUCUGUGCAGGGUUCUAUACUCGGUGGUCUCCCAAGUAUGGCAACCCGUCCAGAUCAGGCCGAUCAGGGCCCAGAUUCCAUUGGAACUGCCCAGUCUCUGCCUGAUGUGACAAAGCAGGUGAAGCUUGAGCUUGGAGCCGGCGGCGACGCUGUGUGGCGGCUUUGGGUGAAUGAUUUUGAGAAGAGAGUGGACGUUGGAGGCAGGGGCUUCAUUAUUUGCACAUUUAACGCCUUGACCUUGCAGUAUGAAGCGCUGGAGAGUUUCGAUCAUGCUCCGCUAUUGGAGCAGUUCCUUAAUUCUCAGCCUGAUGGCACCGUUGUGGUGGCCAUGAUACGGAAUCUGGACUCUUUGAAGCAUGCGGGGGCGCUUCUGGCCUUGCACCGCUGUGGAUCGAACCUUCUUGAGCGGAAGGAUGGGCUGCCUUCCGGUUCUUACGCCGUUGUCGGGUUUUGCGCCAGCCAUGUUGGGACUGUUGGGAGGACACUGACCCUCGCAGAGUCGCAACCAACAGCACAGGUCAAGUCCGUCCUCAAGCUGGAGACCCUGCUGGGGCGAAUGUUCACGGUUUCGCCUUUGGAAGACCUGACCGCGUCCUUCGUCCAGGCGGCAGAAGAGCCGGAUCCUUUCCCAGCGGCUAGGCCGAUCAAGCCGGAGAUCCAUGCUUUCCAGGCCGAGCAGCCCGACUACGAUCCAUUUUGCAAGGAUUACGCCCGCUUCCCGACAGGCAGCUGCGAGGGUGCUGAAAGUUGCCCACCGGAGGCUCACCCCUGCUUCCACGUCUUCCAGUUCUCGAUCACAGAAGACUCUUUCUGGAACUGCGCCGACCAAGCCAUCAUCAACAAAGGGCUAGACUUGAUGGACCAGAGUGCCAAAGAUGAGAUUGAUGCAACCAACACAAGGACCGAGCAGAAUUCCAGGAUCGUCCAAGGGGCUCUGUCUGCCGCUGCCGCAGCGAUUUCGGCCAUUCCUUGGGGAGCCUACUCCGAAGCGGCGGGCAAAAGCGCAGAGAUGGCCGAGGAGCAGGCAGCGCUCGUUUUCAAAAAGACCGGACAGCUGCUAAAGUUCAAGAAAAAGUACGCAGGAAGGGCAAAGUUUUUCAAGGAAAACGGAGCGAGAAAUCGCUUCGCCAACGCGGCAAAAAACUCCAUGGAUGUAGCCAACGCAGCAGCCUACCCAGGAGCUUUGGGCUUUACUCGACGAAAUCAGUUCAAGAAGUCAGAGCCGGUCCAGACCGUGGGCGUAGAUGGCCACCCGGCCAUCAUCAAUUUAGAGCCAGCAGAUCCUUACGGCUUCGCGCGAGCUGCCAACCUGAAAGAGUUCGCGACAUUGAAGGUCGCGAGUUGCGAUCCCGUCCAGUAUGGGCUUUCCAAAGUGAUGUGCGACCUUUAUUGCACUGAGCAGUCUGUGAAGCUGGGGACCCAGGCCGUCUUGCAGAACCUGCAGAGAUCGCACAACAUGCUGCUGACAGACUUCGAUCGGCUCCUAGAGUAUCACACACAAACUCUAUUGUGGGGCUUGGGCCAACUGCGUGAUCAACUGGGCAAGGGCCUCUCAAAGAGCAUCUUGGAGUCCGCGGACUCGGCACAAAGGCGCGAAGCCGCGUCUAAAGACCUGGACGAUGGAGAAGAAGCAGUGCGAGAGCUACGGCACCUGUCUGGACUCUUGAGCUCUGGGGAGAUGGACCUUUUGCAGGCAGUUGAGGUGCCUGAAGCACCCUUGGGAACCCUGAGGUGGCACCAGUCAGCUGCACGGCAGCUGCAGGAACGCUGCGCCAUGCUCCUGAACCGCAUGCUGGGCAUGAACGGAACUGAGACGAAGCAAGCGGCCGCAAAUUUGCGAGCCUUGGUGCAAGAGUUCAGUAGCUAUCGUUCCUGGCAUUUGAAAAACUUGAAGAAGGAGAAGGGCCCAGAGCUGUUGACGUCUUUGACUUUGGAGAAGACUCGACAUCUACGCACGGUCAUUGAGAAGCAGCAGGCAGACCUCCAGGCUUCAAGACACUUCCUGGCGCCACGUGAUUUUGGAGAGCUCCUCACGUCUGACUCGGUGGUCAUCCGACUCAACCAAUUGCUCGCUGCUUUCAUCGAGGCUCAUGCAAAGCACACGCUGUUCUUUGACAUGCGCGCCAGGGCCAACGCGUUGGCAGUUGAGUCCACUCAUUUGGCGGAGGACUACGUCUCUUGCAAGAGCGAGAACUCCGAAGGCUUGCAUUUCAGCUGGUCCCGCGUCCAACUGGCAGAAGAGUCGGCCCUGACAGCCCUUUUCGAUGCCUGGGCAGCCUCCCGGGCGGCACAGGAGCUUUUGAUGCUCUCCACCAGCGAAGGCUUGUUCUCUUCUCUAGCAAACCAUGCGGCCGUCAACACGUCUGGCAUUCCCCCGUCCAACUGUGAGCCGAAUGUGUUGGCGAAUUGGGCACACGAGGCCAGCGUCCAGGCCGUAGAUGGCGUGCUGUGGCCGGUUCUCGAGCAAGUCUAUGUGUUGGAGGCCAGAGCCGAUGCUCAAGAGUCUGAGCUACAAAAGCACGUGAAGCAAUACAGCCAACGCAUUUCCGUCAAGGAGGCAACGCAAGCAAUGCUACAGACCGCCACAUCCAUGGCAGAUGGAAGCCAACGUGCGCUCGCAGCCCGAGUACUGAAUGAAGCAGGUCGUUUGCAUUGUCCAGCUCCCGAAGGGUGUCCAUCUGAUUGGAUGCUGUUGGAGUCCCAGGGCUCUUCAUGGGCGUCGCCGGCGCCAGGUGAUGUGUUGCUUGGCGGGCAUGGCGUCGUCCAAGAAUGCUUGGGACCCAACUUAGCGAAGGGGGUUGGCCAGGGCGAACGUGUGACACAACUCACCGUGAGCGAGCAGCCCAAAAUUCAGGAUCUUAAGGCCAAAGUGAGCAGAGUUGCAAGCUUGCUGGCAUGGAUUAGUGCUGAGUAG